AUGCGUAAUGCGACGACGAGGAAGAAGUAUGUAUAUACGUACCCCACGGCACAAACCUUCUGCUACAUAUCGCAAACUUCUUUGGAAAAACAUCAGUUGACUCUGCAAGCCAAGAGCACUCUGUAUGGCAUUUUCAGCCAGCUCGAAGCGUAUGAAAAGCCUAAGGCUUGGGACUCAAGACUCGUUCAAGGAGGUGGUGCGAAGACGCUCGGUAAGCACUGGAAAGGCACUUGUGCUUACUUGCACGACCUUUUCGAGAUGGAUCUUAUGGGUCGGUGCGAACCUGGCAAGGAAUACUUUUUCACCGACAGCAUCGAUCACCAUGACCGUUUUCAGACUCUGAAACUUGACUUCGAACGUGAAGCAAAUAGAGCCCGUUGGCCAAAAGUAUUCGAAUCUCACCUCAAUGCCAUGCCUACCAAAGUUCUGUGCAAGAGACUCGACACGCUCUAUAAGACUACUCCUCAAGCCGUACGAAUCCCACGUGUAGGACGUCGCACAAUGGCAGGAUAUACUCGGGGCAACCUCCGUGAGCAACCUCCUCAAGAACCACGCUCACCACCAGGCACACCGGGCGUGAAUCGCGUUGACAUCGAGCUACCGCUGCCGCGAAAGAAAAAGCCAUGUUCACCAACCUCGCCGACGUUUCCUAAGCGCGGUGUUCACUAUCACCAGUUCAGCGGCUCAGGCAACGAUACCGAACCUUUCCACUGCAGCGGCAUCCUGCACUCACUGCCGCCUCAAGAGGAGAUCCCGGGGUGA